AUGGAGUCUGAUUCAGUGUUCAUCCAGAAACUGAUCCGAGAUAGUCAAAAAGCUGUCGCAAUGACGAGCUUUGAUCCCAAUGACUUGUUGGCUAUGCCGUGGAAAGAUGUUUUGGACCUAUGCAAGAAGACUUCAGACGAUGAGGAAGACGUACAUUCAUCAUCAUUGCCACCUACACCGCGAUCUCCAACGUUUGAUCAAGACGAAAAAAUAUGGUUAUCCCAAAUAGAAAGAGUUCAAACAACUCUGUUCGAUGGGAAAGUGUUCUCCCGUCAUAGGGCACAACCCAAAACGGAAGUACUAACGGAUCUUGCUCUUUAUGAGAGACGCAUUAACAAGAACCGAAGAGUCUACGACAAAACAAUUCACUAUUACGUCAGCAAAGAAUCGACUCUUUGCAAGUAUGGAGAAGCCGUACCCACUAUUACAGACAGUAACUCUUUGAAGGGCAAAGAGUCAUCGAAGGUCGAGUUUAAGCACCUUAAGUUUUGCGUAGUAUGUGGCCGAACACGAAAAUUAGACGAAUGUCUCUAUUGUCCGCGUUCCUAUCACGAGAAGUGUGUAAAUCGCCAAAAGGAUUCCACGCAGAAGAAAUACAAUCCCUUCAAUAACGACAUAUGCCCAUACCACUGGUGCACUAAAUGCGGCAUGACAGCCAGCAAUGCUGGCGGUCUUCUGCUUUCGUGCAAUAGCUGUCCACGGUCCUUUUGCAUUGAUUGUAUUGACCUGGACGAAAUGGAGUCUAUUGAAGGCGAACUACCCGAAUUCUUAGACUUGGGCUACGAGUCACCUCGCCACAUCGAAUACAUUACCUGCGGAGAUUGUAUGAAAAAGGCACGAAAAGAGCCACGCAAGCGGGAGGUGACUUCCACCGGGGGUCGAGUUCUCCGCAAACGCGUCCGUAGACAUACCGACUAG